UACUAAUGCUGAAUGCUGAGAAACUGGGUCAGUGAGGUGCUUGAUUCCGUCCAGUACAUGUCUGUGUUUAUUUGUGCAUGCAAAAAAGUUUUUUUUUUUCCUUUUUUAAAACAACCGGUUAUCUUAGCUCACAUUCCUGGACCACAUUCCUGCAUCAUCUGGUAAAUUGUCGUUGUGCUUUUGUUUUGUUUUGUUUUGUUUUGUUUUUUAUCCAUUACUUAAGCAUCCUUAAUUGCUUCUGGAACUUUAAAGACACGCAAAACUAUUCCCAGGAUGGUUUGACCCAAUCUCAGGUUGCAGUGUGGAGUACCUGCAGUGAAAAAGACAUCAUUCUCAGACUUAUGCUUCAAGAUUUCCUUUCUUUUGUUUUGUCAUAUCAAGACCAUGGCUCACACUAAGUGGAAGAUAUGGUGGAUAGAGUUGUUGCUGUGUUUCUUGCUGGUGUGGAUUGCUGAUGGGAAUGUGGGUUUAUCUCCAGAUGAAGGAGUAGCAACACCGUCCUGCUAUGGAGGUUUUGACCUCUACUUCGUCUUGGAUAAGUCUGGAAGUGUGCAGCAUCACUGGACUGAGAUCUAUAAUUUUGUUGCACAUCUGGCUUAUAAGUUCAUUAGCCCACAGCUUCGAAUGUCCUUCAUCGUAUUUUCCACAGAGGGCCGGAUUCUCAUGCGGCUAACGGAGGACAGAGACAAAAUUCGCACAGGUUUGGAGGAGCUCCAGAGAGUUCUACCUGGAGGAGAUACUUUCAUGCACGAGGGUAUUCAAAGAGCGAGUGAACAGAUUUACUAUGGGAACACAGAGGGAUACCGGACAGCGAGUGUCAUCAUCGCACUCACAGAUGGAGAAUUGCAUGAGGAUCUUUUUUACUAUGCUGAAAGAGAGGCCAAUCGUUCCCGCAGCCUGGGUGCUUCGGUCUAUUGUGUAGGGGUGAAGGACUUCAAUGAAACACAGCUCGCCAAGAUUGCAGACAGCAAAGAUCAUGUUUUCCCAGUGAAUGGUGGGUUUGAGGCUUUGCAGAGUGUGAUCGAUUCGAUCCUUAAAAGAUCUUGCAUCGAGAUUCUUGCAGCAGAACCUUCCAGUAUCUGUGCCGGAGAGUCAUUCCAGGUUGUCGUGAGGGGAAAUGGCUUCCUUCAUGCCAGGAAUGUGGAUAAAGUCUUGUGCAGCUUCAGAAUUAAUGACACCCUCACAAGGAUGGUAAAGCCAUUGGUAGUAGAAGACACGUACCUACUGUGUCCUGCGCCGGUACUUAGAGAAGAGGGAACGGCGGCUUCCCUUUAUGUGAGCAUGAACGAAGGCCUCAGUUUCAUCUCCAGCUCUGUGACGAUCACCACAGUGAGCUGUUCUGAUGGUACAAUCCUGGCUGUAGCUCUGCUGAUUCUGAUGCUCUUGUUGGUGCUGGCUCUUCUCUGGUGGUUCUGGCCUCUUUGCUGCACUGUGAUCAUCCAUGAACCACCACCACCCCCAAAAGAUGACAGUUCGGAUGAAGAGGAUGACGGAGCACCAAAGAAGAAAUGGCCAACAGUGGAUGCUUCCUACUAUGGAGGGCGUGGAGUUGGGGGUAUUAAAAGGAUGGAGGUACGCUGGGGUGAAAAGGGAUCAACUGAAGAAGGCGCUAAACUGGAAAAGGCUAAGAAUGCCAGGGUAAAGAUGCCAGAACAAGACUUUGAAGCUCCUCAGACCCGGGUUCUGAACAAUGGCAUGUACACACUUCCAGGCCCUCGCAAGUGGUAUUCUCCGAUUAAGGGUAAACUGGAUGCCUUGUGGGUUCUGAUGAAGAAAGGCUAUGACAGAGUGUCUAUCAUGAGACCACAACCAGGAGACAAGGGUCGCUGUAUGAACAUCACCCGUAUCAAGUCAAGCUCGUCUCCACAUUAUCCAGCAUAUAACCGCCACACCCCGAUCUACACACCACAGCAAAGCUGCACCACUCCUCCUCCUCAGAGCCAGCUUCCUCCAGUCUCCAUCACGCCAUCUCCACCCAUCACGCCUCCUCCAUCAUACACCCCUACGUCAGCCUGGUCCACGUCGUCGGCGCCUGUUUUCUUUGCUUCACCUCCUUCUCCUCCAGCCUCACCUACAGGACCGCUGCCUCCUCCCCCACUAGCCCCACCUCCAUGCCGCGUCCCUCCUCCUGACCGCCCUCCACCACGCCCUUCCCUCUAGGGCUAUGUUUGUGAGCGUGGAAGCGAAUUCAGGAAGUCGGUGGGAGACUCAAUUCAUUCUCCUUUACCUUCUGUGUGGCCUUUGACAAUAAAAAAUUAAUGACUGGCCCACCAGUGGGAACAAACACAAGGGGACAGACUACGUCUUCAAUUUCAGCUAGGAAACUACAGGAACCACAAAACAGACCAAAGCAAUAUUACAGACCACACUGAACACCACGCACAAGUCAUCAAAGCAAGCUUUCACAACGGGCCACUGUUACUCAACCCCACGUGUCUAAACGACAAAAUGGACAUACAUCUGAAGCCAUCUGCAGUUUGAAAAAAAAAAAAAAAACGGAGCAGUGAAUGAUCCAUUUAAGGAUUCUAUUUAAUGGGAAAAGUUGCAAUAACUGCAUGGUUUGUUGAUUCAUACAGCUAAUACACAUUCAUGAGACGUUUAUAUAAGAUCAGUCCUACAAAUAAAACAUUAUCCAGUCUCUAAAUCUAGAGAAACUUCUGCCAGAAUCCUGAGUGUGACAAAUGUGACACUAUUUAGUGUUAUUCACUCGCAUAUGCAGUUUGGAUAUUAGAAAGGAAGGAAGGAAGGAAGGCAAGAAAGAAACAUAAAAUCUAGCAAAGAAAGAAAGAAAGAAACUAUAUCCGAUCUAGCUAAGAAAGAAAUGUUUCUUUAGGACUUUUAGCUUAGGAUUUAUUUCACGAAGGUUUUGCACAUUUUUACACACAAUCCUUUAGUAAACAAGUCGCUCAGGCAUUCAGUAAUAAUAUCCACAUCUGUAAAUGUAAUAUACUUUGAUAUUCUAGCUGUAGGUUCAUUGUUGUAUGACUUUUUUCCCCCUCACAUUUUCUAUGUUAGGUAUUCGCCUGUGCAAUAGUGUUUUUAGUCCCAGAACUGUUGAGUAUUACGUGCUGGAGUUUAUUUCUUGGCCUGUCAGUGCACACUUGAUAAGAUGUACAAGUGCACAGCCACCUUAUCACAUACUUUUAUACAUGUUGUGUAUAAAUAUACAUAUCUGUUGCCUUUUUUUUCCCUUGGUGUAUUGAUGUUGGGUCAUUUUAUCAAAUAUGUGUGUCCUAAACUGUGAUCUUUGCAUCAUGUGUAAGAGGAGUAGAAUACAGUAAGCUUCUAAACUCCAGAAGAACUGAUGGAAAUCCUUGUUGUUGCCAGUGAGACACCUUCCAGCGGUGUGUCUGGUCUGAAUGAUGUUUUAUAUACGCUGUCACUGUGUUAUGAUCAUUUUGGGCUGUGCUUUCAUCACAUUUGGGUCUUAAAUUAUUACAAAACUUGUUCUAGGACUAAUGUGCAAGACUAAUAUAGUACACACACUUCGAUGACUGAUACCCAAGUACUCAAAGUUUUUUUUUUUUCCAUAUUUGGUUCUGUAUCAGUGAUAAAUAAGAGCUUGCUUUGUUCUCUGUGUGUGUUCGGCGAGCGCUACGGUUGAAUUUAAGAAGGACGGGAAAGAAAAACCUCAUAACGGCGAGCAGAAAUGACAGGAUCGUUUUCAGAAGCAGACGUGAAGUGAGGCUUAGUGCAGGGACACAAAUACUGAAAAUGUAUCAGCUGUUAAAUUUGUCUAGGUGUGUACAUACUGUUUCUGCAAUAGCGCUCGUUCUUAUGUGUCUCGCUUUUUCUAAAUGCAUUUGUUAAACUG